ACAUUUAUUUGAACGAAAUAAAUGAAAUCAAACACUGAAGGAAUAUUUUAGCCUUUGCAACUUUGAGGUGUAUGUAGAGCACAUUUAGGACACACUGGGGCUUUAAAUGGCUUUUUGGCCCUUGGGCACCCAGUUAAACGCCCACGUCAGCAAAGUCGACCAUUCGGUCUGAACGGGUUUCGGUCUUUAGGGCUGAGCAGGAAGUGCUUGAGUGGGAACCCUGUUUGUAAAAAACAGGGGGAGAGGCCAGCAGAAAUAAAAGAUGGAAAUGGUGACAGACAUGGGGUCGACUCGACUCUAUCGGCCAUCGGGUGAACCGGGUCAUCAUCAGCAGGCCCAGCGAUGGUUCAACGCGGCGGACAUCACGGUGGCCCACCAGAGACAACUGCUGAAGCAGCUGGACCAGCAGCGCUGCCAGGAGCUGUUCUGCGACUGCAGCGUGCUGGUGGAGGGGCAGCUGUUCCGCGCCCACCGCAACGUCCUCUUCGCCAGCAGCGGCUACUUCCGCAUGCUGCUCUCCCCCCAGGGCUCGGACACGGCCUCGGCCACCUUCGACACCUUCAGCCCCGACACCUUCGCCCUCAUCCUGGACUUCAUCUACUCGGGUCAGCUGGACCUGUCCAGCCACAACGUGAUCGAGGUGAUGUCGGCCGCCAGCUACCUGCAGAUGACCAGCGUCAUCAACCACUGCAAGACCUUCAUCAAGUCCUCCCUGGAGAUCAGCGUGAAGGAGGAAGAGGAGGAGCUGGUGGUGGAGAGGGGUGGGGGCGGGGGCGGCAUCCACCUGAUGGAGGCGCAGGGCCCCUGCUCCGUGAGCCCCCCGCCGGCCCUGUGGACCCACGACGGGGCCCACCUCACCAAGCAGGUGUUCUUGCUGAAGGACCCGGAUCAGACGGCGCCGUCGCUGGCCGCCAGGGCCGACAGCGGCGGCGACGGGGGCGGCUUGAGCCCGGCUCACGAGGGGCUGGAGGAGGCCAACACGGGGGCGGAGGACCCCCUGGACCCCCUGUUCACCGUGUCGGGCCCGGAGCAGCGGCGCAGGAAGAGGGGGGCCCGGAGGACGGGCCCCUACUGCACGCGCUCGUCCACCAACAACGACCCCCCCGAGGUGCAGGAGGCCCGCUCGCAGAAGGCGGAGAAGGCGGAGGAGCUGUACGCCACCCUGCCCACCAUCGUGGGCGUCAUCGGACAGUUCCAUAACGACUCCAACCCCACCAUGCGCUACAAGUGUCCCUUCUGCACGCACACGGUCAAGAGGAAGGCGGACCUGAAGCGCCACCUGCGCUGCCACACAGGCGAGCGGCCGUACCCCUGCCAGGCCUGCAACAAGCGCUUCACCCGGCUGGAACACCUGCGCAGCCACUUUGAAACGAUCCAUCAGGCGCGGAAGCUGGUGUGCAAGAAGUGCAAGUGUCCGCUGACGGAGGAGGCCAGCCACGUGGUGUGCGAGGGCACGCGGCGCUACCGCAUUUGCGCCACGUGCAUCCAGGAGGAAGUGGGCUUCGAAAGCCUUCCCAUGGAGGACAGCCUGGAGGGCCUUGACCAGGAGCCGGCCCUGCUCCUGGGGGUGGACGGCGAGGAGGAGGGGGAGACCCAGAGGUCCUGGCUGACCAGCAUGGAGCAGGAGGAGGAUGAAGACGAGGACAAUCUGGCGGAAGACUCGGGGACCGAUCUCAUCAUCCACGAGGUGGACGACAGCGACGAGGAAGUGCAGUGAACAGAGGCCUGUGUGUGUGUGUGUGUGUGUGUGUGUGUGUGUGUGUGUGUGUGUGUGUGUGUGUGUGUGUGUGUGUGUGUGUGUGUGUGUGUGUGUGUGUGUGUGUGUGUGUGUGUGUGUGUGUGUGUGUGUGUCAGUGCACACACUGAGGACUGAUGUUCAUGACUGAGGUUUAUAUGCUGUAUCAUCUGGUGAACGAUGAAAAUGCAAAUGUUAACGUAAACUGGUUAGAGCCAAGGGGGGAAAUAUUAUUUCAGGAUUAAUAUUUUUAAUCCAGUGGAGAUUUUGUGAUUACUUAUACAUUUAAAGUAUUCAAAGCAUGCACUAGGUACAGUUUUCAUUUCUUAAUACAAUUAUGUUAUUGAAUCAUGCAUGCAAUGGCCUUCCCAAUAAUGAAACUGUUUAGAAGAAAUCCAGGUUUGACAAAAUAUCGAGCGCACUAACGAGAAUGUGCCAAAAUCAAUGAGUUUAUUUAAUAUACACAUUUCUAGUUCAUGUUCCUCUGUGAGACUUUGAUAUCACAGUUUGAGUUAUUGUAUACAUACUUGAAAGUAUUUAUUAAAAUAUUUUUUU